CCAGGCAACGACUGAGUGGGUACAUAUUGCUGCUUUGAUCAUUCCUUAUCUAUUCUUCUUAUCGGGAAGAUUCAGCCAGCCACAGUCUCUCUCCCUCUCUCACAGGUGCUUGCCGCCCUUCCUGCUUCUGUUGGUUCCAACCCACCAGCCUCCGCCUCCUGAGCGAUGCUGAUCCUAUCCUGCCCUUCCAAGUUGCAACUGCUAGAGGGGAUUUUGAGGAAGAGCCUUCCUCAGACCCUUUCGGUCCAUGGAGCAGUAAUGCACAUAAACCGUGGGAACCCAGCUGGGCAUGAGGUCCUGGUGGAUUCAUGGCCAAAUUUCAAGGCUGUCCUCACCCGGCCACACAGAGAGGUUGCCACAGAUGACUCUGAUUUCUUUACCAACAUGUACGCAGCAUUCUACCACGAUCUUGAUGUGUAUCGAACACUCUUGCAAGACACAGAUGCAGUCAACUGGGCCCAAAGCUUCCGUAUCCAUGGGCACCAGGAUGGGAUACUUGAGGCCUCCAAAGAUGCUGCCGCCACCAAACAAGUGCAGUUCUCACCAUCUUCCUACUACACUUACUUUCAUCCUGAUCCCCCCAAAAUGCGCACACGUCAAUUAGAUCCCAGCGUGAGACUUUCUACUUUGAAUAGAUCCCAUGUAGACUUGCUGAAUGAAACGUGGGCCUAUGGGGGCAGUGAACACAGUCGUGGGUACCUGGCCACUUUGGUGCGUUCCUUCCCCAACAGAUGCAUCCUGGACAGCAAUGGACUCCUGAUCAGCUGGAACCUCUUUGAUUCUUUUGGUGCAUUGGCACAUGGCUAUACCCUUCCAGAUUAUCGUGGCCAUGGCUAUGUCAGUGUGAUCAACAAAGUACUGGCCAUGCAUGUCCAUUCAUUUGGCUACCCUGUAUAUGGCAAUGUCGCCCUUGAUAAUGUGCGCAUGCAGAAGUUAAAUGAACAUUGGGGAUUUCAGAAGCUAUCUGCAUUAUGCCAUAUCCUUGUACAUAUUCCUUAAUCCUCUAAUAUUUCUUGAGGAGUUUCCCAUCCUGGGGGGAGGGCAUCAUAACACUGCCUUUCUGACCUCCCCCAUCCCAGGAAGAGAAUUUCAGUUAACUGAAAAGUAAACCCUUGGGAUGCUAUAAAUCAGUGGUUCUCAACCUUCUUAAUGCUGUGACCCUUUAAUACAGUUCCUCAUGUUGUGGUGACCCCCAACCCUAACAUUUAUCCAUUUUACAGAUGGAGAACACUGAUGUAGAGAGUCUUAAGCGACCCCUGUGAAAGGGUUGGUGACCCCCAAAGGGGCCCCGACCCACAGGUGGAGAACCACUGCUAUAAAUAGCUCUACUGCCAAGCCACUGGAAUAUAACUUGAAAACUUCCCAUCCUGGGAAAGGGGAAGACAAGAGAGGCAGUGUUUUGAUAUCCACUCAACUAGACAUUUUCCCAGGGGCUUGUGACCUAAACUGUAGCUAGAGGGAUGCAACAGAGAAAUAUGGAAGCAGGAUCAGAACUUUAUGUUCUGAUUCUGCCUCUCAUAAGUUCAUUCUUAUACCCUGGCAGGGGCACAGUGGGAUGUUUCCCUAAAGUGGGAGUGUUUAGACUUGCUCCUGCCCUGGGGGAACUGGUUGUUGGGUCUCUCGUGCUCAGGGGGUGGAUCUGGAUGCUCACUCCUAGGGUGGGGGUCAGCAUUCUGUUCCCCCAAGUGUCACCCAAAUCAUCCUCCAUAUCUGUAGAACUAGAACAUAAGUUUUACUAAAAGGGAUUAAGUCUGUUGUAUAAACAGUUCCCAGUUCGUUGUAUACACAGUUCCCAACCUGUCAGGCAAAAAGAGAAAGGCUGGAAGGGAGACAGAACAACCAGCAAGUAACUUUAUUACCCAACCUAGAUACAGAACAGGAAGAAUGGAAGCAAAAUGGGAAGAACAGGAAGAAUGGAAGCAAAAUGGGAAGAACAGGAAGAAUGGAAGCAAAAGUCACUAGUAAAGACCAGAAUAUUCAAUGUCAAUUUACUUGUGGUGAUCCAAUAAACUAGUCACAUUUGCACAACAAUAUAUUACUUCCAAUUAAUGGUCAAUUAUUUUUCAUUUAUUUAUUUAUAAAUAUAGACAUGUAUAAAACACA